AUGUACAAGACGAACGUAGGAAAAUAUUCUACCAGUCCAGCGUCUACCAGUCCAGCGGCUAGUUUGUCGUUUUGUGAAGGGAAAGUAUCAAGUAAAAGGACACUGUGGCUUGCAAAUAUUUGCAGGAAAACGAAAGAAGAUGAUGAGAAAAUUGUUAUCAAAUAUGUUGAAAGGUACUGCGAGGAUGCUCAUAGGCUUUGCGCCAGUGAAAACCUGGCUCCACAGCUGCUCUAUGUAGGUCCAAGGAUGCCUGGAGGAUACCAAAUGAUCACAAUGGAAUACAUUGAGGGUACCAUGCUACACAACUUUUCCAAAUGUGAUCCAGCCAGUAUCUAUGAAGAUUUAGAGAAAGCUAUAACACAGGUGCUUCAUCCUCAGGAACUAGUCUUUGCAGACCUCCGACCACCAAACAUCCUGGUUGUCCCCAGGAUGGCAAGCAUCGAGUAA